AUGUCAGCCAAUACUCAGAUUGGUCAGAACAAGAGAGCAGUAGAGCUCCAAGCAGAGGCAGUCAGCGAGGGCAACUCCACAGAUUAUGACGAUUCGCUGGCAGAUCCAGCAGAACGUCUUGAAGCUGCGGCUAACAGAGUCGACCGUAUGCUACAAGAGCUUAAUGCCUAUGGCGAAUUCGCAGAUUUAAAGCCAUUAGAAUAUCGUCCAUUUCCCACUGCUUACGGCUCUACGAAGUCUGUUCAUCGUGCCAUGUCAUCUGCUUGCCAUACAGAGUAUGAUAAUGCAGAAUCUGAGGCCGCCCUUUCUGACGUCGAACAGAAUGCGAAUGGGAAAAGAUAUCGUCCAUUUCCCACUGCUUACGGCUCUACAAAGUCUGUUCAUCGUGCCAUGUCAUCUGCUUGCCAUACAGAAUAUGAUAAUGCAGAAUCUGAGGCCGCCCUUUCUGACGUCGAACAGAAUGCGAAUGGGAAAAGACCUCAGGAGAAGAAGCGAAGGAGGCGGUGGCGAUCGCGAAAGGCUGAAGACGCCGACACAGAAUCUCAAUGCAGCAGUGCUGCUAGCAGCGUGGACCUCGACCCAUUGCGACAAGAAAUUUACGAAGUUGUUCGAUUCUGUCGUAUGCCUGAUUACAGCUGGAAGUCUGUGCACUCGAUUGGUUACGAGAACGAAUAUGAAAUGCAGUCGGACAACGAAGGCUUGGCGAUAGAAGAGAUGAAGGCGCUUUCCCGGGAUAUCCGGAAAAACUUCGGCGAUUUCAAGCUGGCCACCUUCGACGACAUAGACCAGGAUUAG